AUGAAAAGAAGAGAGCGUAGUUGGAUGUAUGAUAGACUCGACGGGCGCAAUCUUAAGCCCGACUUUCUCAAGGGGGUUGGAGAGUUCAUUGAGUUUUGCAAAGAGCAUCCAACAUGCAAUGAUGGUGACAAAAUAAGAUGCCCAUGCCCCUUGUGUGAUAACAGGCGUUUUCAUGAUACUGAAACAGUUAGAGUACAUUUGUACAAGAAGGGGUUUGUUCGUAAUUACUAUCAAUGGAUAUGUCAAGGGGAAAGCUUAGUAGAGUCCUCGCGUGUUCAGCCAAAUCAAUAUCGGGAUAUGGUUAUUGAUGGUCUUGGAAAUAAUCAAGAGCAUUUGUUGAAUGAAGAGGGUAAUUCAGUUGAAGAAGAACCAAAUGAUGAAGCUAAGAAGUUUAUAGACCUUCUAAAGGCAGCUGGAGAUCCAUUAUAUGAAGGGAGCAAACUCUCUGUGUUGGAGAUGGCAUCAAGAAUUGCAAGUUUGAAAUGUGAAUUCAACUUACAACACAGGUGUGUGGAUGGGUUUGCAUCUUUGAUGAAUGAUGCGAUUCCAAAUAACAACCAAAUGGGUAGAACUUUCAAUAGCACAAAGAAGGUUCUUGAGGGCUUGGAACUUCCUCAUGAGAGGAUCCACACAUGCCCUAAAGGUUGUUUUCUCUUCUGGAAAGGCGAUGCACAGUUAGAUAAAUGUAGAGUAUGCGGAAGUGAUCGGUAUAAGAAGACUGCAAAGGGUAAGAUUAUUCCAGCAAAAGUUCUAAUAUAUUUUCCAAUCACACCGAGGUUGCAAAGGUUGUAUGCUACCAAGAACAUUUCGGAGGAUAUGACUUGGCAUGCCAAGAAUCCCCGAGUUCAAAACACCUUCGCACAUCCUAGUGACAGUCAAGCGUGGAAGCACUUGGAUACAACCUUUCCUAAUUUCGCAUCAGAGCCACGAAAUGUCAGGCUUGGUUUGUGCACGGAUGGAUUUGCCCCCCAUGGUAAAUUUGGAUCCCAAUAUUCAUGUUGGCCAGUUAUUCUUACACCAUACAACUUGCCUCCAUCGAUGUGUAUGAAAAGACCAUUCAUGUUCCUUUCUUUGCUCGUUCCCGGUCCUAAAAAUCCUAAAGGAAACUUGGAUGUGUACAUGAAACCACUCAUUGAAGAGUUGAAAUAG